CCAAGCGGCGAGAGCUGCAACCUUGCCAACGACUCAAUCGUUUCCUCGCGCCCUCUGGUCUGUGCCAUCCGCCGCAGACGCCUCUCUCCUCCUCCCACCCGGCUCCGCGCAGCAUCCCGCGUCCCCGGGGAGCCGCCGGCGCACCUGGCGCGGGGGCUCCCGGCUCUGAGCGCUGGUGGCCACCUCGCCCUGCGCGCAGCUGCGGGCGCGCUCCCUCCCCGAAACCCAAGAGUGGAGUGGCUCGUCUAGCGCCCGGCGAACAACAUUAUCCAAUUGCUUCCCGUUUUAUUCGUAGGCUGGGAGCCGAGCGAGCCCGAGCGUUCACUUUCAGCCCUCCAAGGGAGGAGGGGGUGCGGGCGAGGAGGUGAGACGGCUCCUGGCUCCACCUCGCGCGUGGAGCGGCCAGAGCUCUCGGCGCGGCAGAGGGGAGCAGCGCCGCGAGCCCCACAGCAGCGCGCCCGCCGCCCGGAGCCCCGCGAUGGAGAUGGCAGAGGCGGAAUUGCACAAGGAGAGGCUGCAAGCCAUAGCAGAAAAAAGAAAGAGGCAGACGGAAAUAGAAGGCAAACGACAGCAGCUUGAAGAGCAGGUACUCCUGCUGCAGCAUUCCAAGUCCAAAGUGCUUCGUGAAAAAUGGCUGCUGCAGGGUAUACCCGCUGGAACGGCCGAGGAGGAGGAAGCCAGGCGGCAGCAGUCUGAGGAGGAUGAGUUCAGAGUCAAGCAACUGGAAGAUAACAUUCAAAGGCUGGAGCAGGAAAUACAAGCACUCGAAAGUGAAGAGUCCCAGAUAUCUGCCAAAGAGCAAAUCAUCCUAGAGAAGCUAAAGGAGACAGAAAAAUCCUUCAAGGACUUUCAGAAGAGCUUGUCCACGGCGGAUGGAGCUGUGUACGCCAUGGAAAUUAAUGUGGAGAAAGACAAACAAACAGGAGAGACCAAGAUUCUCUCUGCAUCUACCAUUGGCCCAGAGGGGGUUCAUCAGAGAGGAGUCAAAGUCUAUGAUGAUGGUACCAAAGUAGUGUAUGAGGUGCACUCAGGAGGCACCAUAGUAGAAAAUGGAGUGCACAAAUUAAGUGCAAAGGAUGUUGAAGAGCUUAUUCAGAAGGCUGGACAAUCAAGCUUAAGAGGAGGGCACAUGUCAGAAAGGACUGUGGUUGCUGAUGGAAGCCUUGGCCACGCUAAGGAACACAUGCUCUGCAAAGAAGCCAAGUUAGAAAUGGUGCAUAAGUCUAGGAAAGAUCAUGCUUCUGGGAACCCAGGACAGCAGACCCAAGCUCCCAGCACAGAAGAGCCAGAGGCAAAUUCAGAUCAGCCUGUCACCAUGAUUUUUAUGGGCUACCAAAAUAUCGAGGAUGAAGAGGAGACUAAAAAGGUGCUAGGCUAUGAUGAAACCAUCAAGGCUGAAUUGGUCCUCAUUGAUGAAGACGAUGAGAAGUCAUUAAGAGAGAAGACAGUGACAGAUGUGUCCACCAUUGAUGGAAAUGCGGCUGAGCUUGUGUCUGGGAGGCCAGUCUCAGAUACCACAGAACCCUCAUCCCCAGAAGGGAAGGAAGAGAGCCUGGCCACCGAGCCAGCCCCAGGAGUUGGGUGUCAGAGUGUGCUGCUACAGGGAGUGGAGGCAGCCUCGGGUGCUGCAGAAACCUCCGGCCCAGACAUGACUAUCAAGAAGCCUCCCCAGCUUUCUGAGGAUGGUGUCCUACUAAAAAGGGAGAGAGACAACGGUAGUGCCAGUCUCCUGGAGUCUGCUACCAGCUCUCUUCCCCCAGAUCACAAAAACAUGGAAAUUGAGGUGUCGGUUACAGAAUGUAGUAAAAGUGUUCCGGGAAUAGCCUCCAUCCCCCAUUCCAUGGACCACUCUUCCCCUUUCUAUUCUCCUCCACACAAUGGCCUCCUCACCCAUCACCACAAAUCCCUGGAUAACGAUGUGGCCAGAGAGAUCCGAUAUCUAGACGAGGUGCUUGAGGCCAACAUCUGUGAUUCUGCUGUGGAUGGAACUUACAACAACGGAACAUCCUCCCCAGAGCCCUGUGCAGUAAUCCCGGAGGGCAGCAUAAACCCACCCACCCACGCAGUCACCUAGCCUGAUCCCUCUGACAGAGUAGUGGGCAGGCAGGCUCCUCCUCACAUCGAGCUCAGUAGAAGCCCCUCCAACACUAUGGCAGAGGGGAGAAGGGCAAAUGACCACUCCCCUGACCAGCUCCAAGAUAUGCUGGGGGACAGCCUGCAGGCACCAGUGAGUCCCAGCUGUUCUUCCCAAGAUGGAGAAUUGACACUUACCAUGCUGAAGGAGGAAGCCAAGUUUGAGCUUCCUGCCUUUCACGAGGACAAGAAGGCCUCCAAGCUCUUCGAGGAGGAUGAGCGUGAGAAGGAACAGUACUGCAUCUAGAAAGUGAGGCCUUCAGAAGAGAUGCUGGAGCUGGAGAAGGAGAGGAGGGAGCUCAUCCAGAGUCAGGCUGUGAAGAAGAAUCCUGGCAUUGCAGCAAAAUGGUGGAAUCCUCCUCAGGAGAAAACCAUUGAGGAGCAGCUGGAUGAGGAACAUCUGGAGUCACACAAAAAGUACAAGGAGUGCAAGGAGAGAAGGGCACAGCAGGAGCAGCUGCUGUUACAGCAGCAACUACAGCAGCAGCAGCAGCAGCAGCAGCCCCCAGCACAGCUCUGCACAGCCCCAGCUUCCUCUCAUGAAUGUCCCGUCAGUGUCAGUGGGACUGAAAAUGCAAAGAAGGACAUUGUCACAGAGCAGAUCGACUUCUCAGCAGCACGCAAACAAUUCCAGCUGAUGGAGAAUUCCAGGCAAGCAGUGGCCAAGGGCCAGAGUACACCUCGGCUGUUCUCUAUCAAGCCUUUCUACAGGCCUCUGGGGUCCAUCAACUCUGACAAGCCAGCCACCAUCCUGAGACCAGCUUCCAUGGUGGGACCUCCAGAAGAUAGUGCGUCGAUGCUCAAGGGGCAGAAAGCGCCAUGUGUGCCAGAAACUCAGUCAGGUGGAGGAGGCCUAGGGACCGCCACCCCUCAGGGAAAGGAAGGGCCUUACAGUGAGCCCUCCAAACGUGGGCCCUUAUCGAAACUGUGGGCAGAGGAUGGAGAGUUUACGAGCGCCCGCGCUGUCCUCACUGUGGUCAAGGAUGACGACCAUGGGAUUUUGGAUCAGUUUUCAAGAUCAGUCAAUGUCUCUUUGACCCAAGAGGAGCUUGACUCAGGUUUGGAUGAGUUGUCGGUGAGGUCCCAGGAUACCACUGUCCUGGAGACCCUGUCCAACGAUUUCAGCAUGGACAACAUCAGUGACAGUGGUGCCUCCAAUGAGACAACCAAUGCCCUACAGGAAAACUCACUGGCUGAUUUCUCUCUGCCUCAGACUCCACAGACAGACAACCCCUCAGAGGGCCGAGAAGGGAUCUCGAAGUCAUUUAGUGAUCAUGGUUUCUAUUCCCCUUCCUCUACCCUAGGCGAUUCUCCAUCUGUGGAUGACUCUUUGGAAUACCAGGCUGGUCUUCUGGUGCAGAAUGCCAUUCAACAAGCCAUAGCCGAGCAGGUGGAUAAGGCUGUGCCCCAAACCAGAGAGGAUGGAGCAGAACGACAGGGACCGGAAGCAAUUCUGAAGGAAACUGAAACCAGGGCUCCCAGCUCAGAGAAGCCUCAGAGCAUGUUUGAGCCACCUCAGGUGUCCUCGCCUGUUCAAGAGAAAAGGGAUGUAUUACCAAAGAACCUACCUGCAGAGGACAAGGUGCUCAGGGAAAGGGGCCCCUCCCAGCUGCUGCCAGCUGUGCAGCCCAGCGGCCCAAUCGACAUGGAGGAGACCAGGCCCGAAGGAGGCUACUUCAGCAAGUACUCGGAGGCAGCUGAGCUGAGAAGCACAGCCUCCCUCCUGGCCACUCAAGACUCUGACGUGAUGGUUGGGCCCUUCAAGCUGAGGUCAAGGAAGCAGCGGACUUUGUCCAUGAUCGAGGAGGAGAUUCGAGCAGCCCAGGAGAGGGAAGAGGAGCUGAAGCGACAGAGACAAGUGCUGCAGAGCACCCCAAGCCCCAGGACCAGGAGCGCCCCGUCACUGCCCUCCAGAACCUCCUGCUACAAAACAGCCCCAGGGAAAAUAGAGAAAAUCAAACCUCCUCCAUCCCCCACAACCGAAGGCCCCAGCUUGCAGCCUGACUUAGCCCCUGAAGAGGCUGCCGGAACCCAGCGGCCCAAGAAUCUGAUGCAGACCCUCAUGGAAGACUAUGAGACACACAAAUCUAAAAGGCGCGAGAGAAUGGAUGAUAGUAGUUACACCUCUAAGUUACUGUCUUGCAAGGUGACUUCCGAGGUCCUUGAGGCCACACGAGUAAACCGAAGAAAGAGCGCACUGGCCUUGCGCUGGGAGGCAGGGAUCUACGCCAAUCAGGAGGAGGAAGACAACGAAUAAAUUUCCUUCUGCCCAGGAAACUUCUUUGGUGCUUGGAAUACCAAGAAACCAAGAAAUUCUCUAAUCAAAUAAUGGACUAUUUAUGAAAGUGCAUACAAACUCAGCAAUCCUAAUGUAGACCAGAAGCUGCAAUACACAAUGUUGAAAAAUAAAGUGAAAAGAAUGUCUACCCAUCAAACUCUGAGACCCAGGAGUCGUAAGAGAAAGGAUUUCUAUGGGACUCAAAGAUGACUCUGGAUUUGGAUUACUCUCCAGUUGAUCCAAAAGAGCAAAGACAAUAGAAGCAAAUCAACGUAGUUGCUGUAGGCAGAGCACAGACAGCCUUGCUGGCUGAUGGGGAAACACAGUAGUGAUAGAGCCAUUCGGAGAGCAAUAGGCUGUGUAGUCUGCACAGCAAUAGAACAUUUCUCUGAGCCAGCUUCCUAUUCCUGGCUCAUGACAUCAGUGGUGUAGUGCUGACUACACUGUUUUCCAGCGGCCAUAAAAUCAGUGGUGUUUCUCUCCAUAGUUGUCCAAAAGAGACAGCUGUGAUUUGGUUUCUCUUACACUUACUUUUAAUUGGGAACAAUCAAUGAUUGCAAUACAUGAAAACUCAUAUUUUUAAGUAUUUCUUCACAUUGCAGAUGCAGUCUAUUCUGCACUAGGAGGUUGAGAAAGAUGGGGGAAGAAAGCCAAACCAAAUGGAUUAUUUUAGCUUUAGGAUCUUGUCUGCUUAUACUAUUGACUGAUCUGCAGUUUAGGAGACCACAUUUUCACAAUUAUGUUUCUUCAUAUGAAAACUAUAUUUAGUGGGCAACAACUAUUUUUUGAUGGGAUAGGGGUACAUAAACAUGGAUAAAAUCUGUACACAUUGAACAGCUUCGUUCAAGAUGGUAGGGGUAAUUUUAGAGUGGCAAUAAUUGAAAAAAGCGCAAACUCUGCCUUAGAGAGCUAGGUGAUAAGAAAUAAAAAGGUGUUUAUAGCUAUUUUGUAUUAUAAAAUGGGCCUUAGAGGUAAUAAGGAGAAGAAUAGGUUGUUUUGAAUCAACCAGAAAGGAAACAUUAAAGUCAUGAAGGUAAAGAAAGAAAAAGGGAGGGAGGGGAAAGAAUGGGGAAAUAAGGAAGGAACAGAGAUUAUUGUCUUUUUUCUGAGCAAUCAGUGUUUUCAGGAUGAUAAAGAGACAGAGAAAUUUAAGUGCAGGCUUGGAAUCAUCUACAAAUCCUAAAGAUGGGAUGGGUAUGUGUACACCUUUGUGCAUUUGUGUAAAGAGUGUAUGUUCACAAGGGGGUGUGUGUGUGUGUUGUUAAAUUUCCAGAUUGAUUGUGGCACCUGGGUGUACAGUUAUUUCCUCCAAAGCUAUUUGCCAGCUAUGGGAGUGAGUGAGAAUUUCUUUUUUAUGAAAAGGGAUAUAGAGGCACCGAGCUGAUACAGUAUUUGUAAUAUUAAAUUGACCUAACAUGUUAUUUGCAUGAGUCACAAUUGCAAAGUUUUGAGCAGUUUUGUAAUUUGACAUGUAGGAAUAUAUCCUAUUUAUUCUCAUACUUUGUAUUCAUGCUUAGUAUACUAUAGAAGACGCCAGCUUUACUCUUUCUGUCAUAUAAAGCAAUAUGAUAAGGGCAUUCACUAACUGGGUGCCCUACAUUUCUGGAUGAGAAAAUGUUCAAUUUCAGGCCAUGAGAAAACAAAACAAAAAACAACUAACCAGCCUUCGUUAUUUUUCCUUUGUUUUAAAACUAUGGUUUUUUAAAAAGCAAUAAUUAAAUAAGACCUCACUAAAAUUCAGAUUUGUUUUCAUAUUAUUAUGUCAUAAGCUCUAAUAUGUUAUUCCAAUAAGUAGUAAUUCCACAGCAUUUGUAUGUCGUGUUACACACAUUAUAUUUGUCUUUCUAUUAGACUAGUGUUAACUUCGGGGGAGAAUUUAUUCACAGAGAAGUGGCAAGCACUCAGUUCAAUGAUGGAACUGCUUGAUAACUUAUAAAGAAGCGUUAAAGCUGCCAAGGGCACCUGUAAUUUGGUGCUAGAUUCAGCAGGCCGUGGCCAAAAUUGCACAUGGGCAGUUGGCAUUAUCUGUAGAUGCUUGGUUCUUCUGAAUAUUCAACAAAAUACUAGUCACCAGGGACAGAAAACAAAUGAGAUCCCUGCUGCAAGGAAUUCAUUUGAUAGUGAGGGAGGCUAGCAUGGUGUCCAACAUUCCCAGAGAAAUAGCAUCUGUGUUAGAUUAGAAGUCCUGCCAGGUGACUCGGGAGCACCCAGAAAGGAUAUGUAUCUCAGGAUUUCCACCUGGAGGUCCCGGGUGGGUGCCUGGGCUGAAGUCACAGUAAUGACAGGUGUUGGAAGGGAGACACAGGGUCAGAAUAGAGAAGGCGGCUGCGCUGUGUGGGCCCAGGCCCUGGGACAAGGAUGGCUGGAGAGCUGGACAGUUUUGUGGGAUGCACAAAAAGUAAAAUGUGCUUUGUGUUUUCUGGAUGGACCCAUGGAUCGGCUGGAGACCGCAGACAGGAUGGAGAGUACCUCCCCAUCUUCCACAAGAGGAAACCAGCCUCGCAACUUAACCGUUUCUUUUCUGUUUGGAAGGGGACCAUAUACCCACAUGAAAGCUACAGUUGAGAAGUGAAUUGGCAGCAGAAAAGAAAGCUUAGGAAGCCACGCAGUUCAUGGAGUCACUUUGGUGGCAGAUGAAGUGGGCUUUGAUUACACUUGAUUGAACCAGAAGCACACAUUACUUAAGGAAUAACAGAGUUAUAGGGCCAGGGCCCUGCGGGGCCCUGUUCCAUGUGUAGAUGAGGAAACAAAUAAGAUUUCUGUGACUCCUCCCCCAGUAACAAAACUGUUCUACAUUUUCAACUUUUGCCAGUUCCCCUAAACUGCCUUCUGGAUGACUGCUGUCUAAUUCUGUGCUCUGCUCACUGAUACUCCCAUUCUUUUCCUAUGAAAUGGAAAUUACAGUUCCCUCGAGAGAGCCAGAUUUUCUCUGUCUCUUGGGGUUUUUACUCAUUCAAGACAUAUUGGGCCACACCGCUUUGGACAUAGCACUGUGCUAGGCUCUAGGAUCCCACAUGAACCCCUGUAGCUUUCUGAAGACUGGAGGAAAGUCCUUCCUGCCUAAUUCGUAGAGACUAAGAGGUUUAUGAAUGACUUUGCCUCUGAGGCUCAGCCACAUCCUCCAAUAGCACGCCAGCUUGUUAAUCUUAGCUACAACAUAUAUUUAGAUCCUGUAGAUGUUAAAGCCUUCCCAAAAGUAUUCCAUGCUGCAGUGUUCAUAGACAUUCAGUUUCCUCCGGAGCCGAUUUACUACUGACAUGCCUUGGCUUUCUCAUCCAGAAGUUAUGGAAACAGGGUCUGUCAGUGGCAGGAGGCUGGGGUGUGUUCUACUUGGAUGACACAAUGCAAUUUCCUUGCCUCUGUAUUCCCGUGCAUGCUCCCCGCCUUGGCAAUGACAUAGAAGCAGUAUAUAGAUCAGUGUCCAUAUAUAUAUAUAUAUAUAUAUAUAUAUAUAUAUAUAUGCACAUACAUACAUAUAUAAAAAUAACAAGGAACACUAAAACAGUGUUGACUCUUAAACACCAACUACAGAAUGGAUUUAAACUAUGUAUUGAAAAAAAAUAGCAUAAGUGUUAGAGAUGGUGAAUAUACCCAGUUUCAGUUACAGAACCAAUUUCCUGAGUUUUAAGCAUUCAGUGAGCUGCCAAUUUUGAUUUUGUGUUGCUCUUUACCUAGAUGACUUUUUCUUUCUUUUUUAUUGGAGGAGGGGAAAAAAAGGAGCAAUACUGUGUUUGAAAAUUAUACUCUGUAUCUAGCUUUCCUGUGUAUGUUAACCACUUAAAUGUUAUUAUCCUGCUUUGGUUUUAUAGUGAUUGUGAGGCAUUCAAUGCAAGUAUACAGUUAUUUUCUCAUUAAAACCCAAUGUGUGUUGCGUUUUUAUAAA